AUGGCUUCACAGCCGUCCACUGAAUUUUGGUUGAAGCCACCAAUGCAGCAAGCCAUUCCCGAGUUGCUGCAGUCUCCAUCAGAGUCACCCAUUUGGGAACGAGACGAUUUGUUGAUGCCAGUCCUGGAAGACGAUGUCCUCCUCUUUGAAGCAGCGGAAGACAGUGACGAGGAGACUGCAGAGACAUUGCCGAGUGCCACAGGGAAAGGCAAAGGAGGCGUUUGA